AGCACCGAACAGAUCCGAACAGUACGGCAAAGCACCUCUUGGGCCGCAGAGCAUGGAGUUGGAAGCGCUGAACCCGCUGGAGCCACAGAGCUCAACGAAGCCAAGAACCACUGGAACCACAACUUGCCGCAGAGCUUGGUAUGUUGCAUCGAUCGCAUCGAUCGCAUCGAUCUUCCUUCUCGGUUUGUUUGGCGCUGGCGUGACCAUCAAAAACCACCAGCUGAGUGGAAAUGUUGAGGCUCUGACAGGUCUAGCCACAGGCUCUCUCUGUACAUACACAGAUUGUGUGGUCAACUUUCUCGGACGCAAUGAUCAUCUCACCUGCAGUGGCGCUGCCAACUCACCGGAGUGCAUCGAGACAUGUUGCACAGAAGAGUUGCAUUGCACAGACCUUGGUGCCGGGUAUUGCACUGGUCUGGGCUUUCGCAAUCGCGAAGUCACUCUUUUGGAUCGAGGACUGCGGCUCCGCACUGGCACCUGCAAAGGCGAGCAGAAUUGCAAGGACGCCUGUUGCCAGAGAUCAUGCGCGGACGUCCCCUGUGACCCAGGUCGCUGUAAGAGGCCAUUUCCACCUGAGAAGUGUACUGACUCGACGUGCCAGGAGCAGUGCUGCUACCACCCAGACAAGUACUGUGGCUUUGGAUUGAAUGCCUGGACUGAAGCAUGCCGCCAGUGUGAGGAUAAAACAGAGUAUUGCGAGGUUGCACUUGGUGGUGUGGACCGGUCUCAAAUUUCCCGACAUGAGUGGAACAGGUUGGUGUUUGAAAAGAUGGACUCGGGUGCCCUGGUUCCUGGAUGUGAGGAAGAUACUUCCCCGAGGUGCCAAGACAACUUGAAGUACCGCCUGAUCUCGAUAUUUUGGCUCCACAGAACAGCUGAAGGCGUUUCUGCAAACACCGUGGCGAUACUGCCUGGGGGUACUGAAGCACUCAGUGGUGGAGAUGAUGGGCAGGUGUGGCAAUGGCGGCUAAGUGAUGGGAAACCACUGAAGAACUUCACUUCAGACAUCGAACCCAUCCUUCAAGUUGCGCCCUUGAACGAUGCAACCUACUUCUGUUCGGCCACGAGAACAGAAGCCGCUAUUUGGUUGCUGCAGCUCCGGGAUGGCUUGGAAAUCAAGGGAAAGUCUGAGCUUCCAGAAGACAAAAGGAAGGGUACCACAACACCCAACAACACUGCCUGCAUUGGGGUCAAUACUUGGGAGACCGUGAUAGUUGGGCAAGACAACAGCUUUGCAGUGAUCUGGCACUGGAAAUUGGAGCGGACCAUGACCGUUCCUUGGGAUCCAACACUUGCCUGGAUACAGCAGAUCGAAGCAGAUGCUGGAUACCACCAGUGGCCGAAAUGGGACAAGAAUGACAAGCUUCAAACAGCGUUCACCAACUGGCGCAAGCACCUCUUCGGCCUGGACGAAAAAUACGAUGCGCAGCGGCUGGAGGUCAACGCUUCUGACUCAUCUAAGUCUUCCAAGCCGACAUCAGAGGCUACAGCAAACCUCCGGCGCUUGAAACGCUCCUCAGGCCCUUGGCCGAAUUGGUUCAGCAACAUCAGGUGGGGUGACAUCCCGAUGUGGUAUUACGCACCAAACAACUGGGGCGAAGUUGUGAGUCUUGCUGCGAUCCCAUCGAACCUUUACUUCGUGGUGGGCUAUGAGUAUGGCAGCAUCCGGAUUUGGAAGACCUACAACGGCUUCAUCCAGGCUGUGAUUCCGAAGGCUCACGCUGGCAGGGUGAACGCGCUCAUGCCUGCACCUGCGGGCGACGUGUUCUGGUCGGGUGGCGAUGAUGGCUGGAUCCGCGAGUGGGAGGCUGGUAGUGGAAAAGCUUUGCGCUCCCACUAUGCAGUUUUCGCGGGCCAAGUUGAAGCACUGGCCAUGAUCCCAGGAGGGAAUGGAUUCUACUCCGGUCAUUCCGACGGGGUCGUUUUAUUCUGGCUUGUUGCAGAGACUGAGUGGCCACUAUGCCAUCUCGAUCCAGAAGGUGGCGUGGUGAAUUCGCUGGACGUAAACCCUGGAAAAAUUGGCCAAGUUGCAGUGGCCUUGGAGAAUGGCCUGGUGAAGGUCUAUGAGCAACGCUGAGGUCGCUCCUGAGGCUACUGACACAGAUCAGACAGGCAAAACCCUAUCAAGAAAAAGUCAGACGAUGAGGCAGCUUCUUUUUCCGGACAUGCUGCUUCAACUUGUUGGUCCAUCACUGUCUUGUUGCAGAGUCAGAACAAAUAGUGAGGGCCUGAAGCCAAGAGAAAUGAAACUGUGGGUGCAAAGACGCCCUGAUGUGCCAUGCUCUGAAAUGAUAUGCCCACAGGGCAACGGCGGAGCUUUGAAUGGCACAAAGUAAAGCUCUUUGGCUUUUUCAUCGCUUGUCUUUGCGAAGACUAUAUAUUUGUUUUAUUCUGUUGUGGUCAGCUCGGCUGGGACACUCAACGUUCAAAGGCCACAGAUAUACGCAAGAUCAUGCAAAUAUGAAUGCAUGUGAGAGAG